AUGGCUGAUGAUGAUUCAACUGUAAAUAAUAAUGGAGCUUCACCUGUGAAUAAUCAAGGUGAGCAUAUACAAGUUAAAGUAAGAUCUCCUGAUGGAGCUGAAGUUUUUUUUAAAAUAAAAAGAAAAACUAAACUUGAGAAAUUAAUGGAAGUAUAUUGUAAUAGAUUAGGUCAAUCAAUGGAAGCAGUUCGUUUUUUAUAUGAUGGAGAUCGUAUUCAUGGAGAUAAUACCCCUGAACAACUAGGAAUUGAAGACGGUGAUGUUAUUGAUGCAAUGGUUCAACAAACAGGAGGAAGUUUCUAA